UGAUUGUUAGUCAGGCAAACGCGGGGCAGCCAUUGCGAAGGACCCCGGCCGCCCUUCCGUCUGACGCGGUGUUCGUCAGCGCUGUGUUUACAUUCUAAUAAUUCUGUUUUCUGACACUUCUAGUGAUUUCUAUCGAUAAAAAUGCCCUUGUUCGAAGGCUUGGGCAGUGGGGGGGAGAAGACAGCCGUAGUCGUUGAUCUAGGAGCGGCCUACACAAAAUGUGGUUUUGCCGGCGAGACGGGGCCGAGAUUCGUCAUUCCCAGUGAAAUUAAACGCGCCGGAUCUCCGGAGGUGGUUCGAGUCGUCCAGUACAACAUCAACACCGAGGAGCUCUACAGCAUCCUGAAGGAGUUCGUUCACCUGCUGUACUUCCGGCAUCUGCUGGUGAAUCCUCGAGACCGGCGCGUGGUGAUCGUUGAAUCCAUCCUCUGUCCUUCACACUUCAGAGAGACGCUCUCCAGAGUCUUCUUUAAGCACUUUGAGGUCCCAUCGGUCAUGUUUGCUCCGAGUCAUCUGAUGUCUGUCAUGACUCUGGGCAUCCAGUCUGCUCUCGUCAUGGACUGUGGAUAUACAGAGACGCUGGUGUUACCAAUCUAUGAAGGCAUUCCGAUCCUGUCUGCGUGGGAAGCUCUGCCGAUGGGAGGAAAAGCCAUUCAUAGGGAGUUGCACAGUCUGCUGAGUGAGCAAUGCACACUAGACACCGACUCUAGCGCCGGCCUCAGUCUGCCCACCGUCGUCAGCUCUAUUCCAGAGGAAGUUGUGGAGGAUAUCAAAGUGCGGACGUGUUUCGUUAGUGACUUGCAGAGGGGCAUGAAGAUCCAGGAGGCCAAAUUUAACAUGGACGGAUCUGCUGAGGUCAGAGAACACAGUCAAGAGCGACUUGAUGGAGCUGAAGCAGGGGGUCUGUCAGACCGCUUCAGCUCAAGCCGCCUGCGAGGUCGCCGGUGGGGCAAUGGGCGGCCUCGGGCUCCCCAGACCGUUGGUGGUGGGGGACGACCCGGGUCACUGCUCCUACUGGCGGUCUCCUUCCUGGGCAAGGAGCGCUCUCUGGGCCAGGAGGGAUUAGGGGGCUCCCGUGCCCUUCUGGCCCAGACUGAGAGAUGGGAGCGUCAAGGAGAAAAACUUGUGAUCUCUGUGAUCUUAAGCCACAAGUGGCGCUCUGCAGCCACCGAACCCGCCAUAGAGCACCCUAUAGCAUGCGCGGUGUGCUUGGUGGCUCUCAGAGCCAAGUCUGUGGCUCUGCGGAGCUCCUUGACCGCCUCUGGGGUCAGAUCGCCCCCCUCGUCCAUCUCCUUAAGGACAUCCGCUUGCAUUCACCUUGUUCGUUCUGUGUUUGUUCCUCACCAGUGUCCCGUCGACACUCGCAAGGUUCUGUCGGAGAACUUGGUGAUAAUCGGCGGUACGGCCAUGCUGCCCGGGUUCCUGCACCGACUCCUGGCUGAGAUCCGCUCGCUGGUGGAGAAACCCAAGUACCACGAUGCUCUGGCUACCAAGAGCUUCCGUUUCCACAGCCCACCCGCCAAACCCAACUGCACCGCCUGGUUAGGAGGUGCUAUAUUUGGAGCAUUGCAGGACAUUUUAGGUAGUCGCUCAGUGUCCAGAGACUACUACAGCCAGACGGGCCGCAUCCCAGACUGGUGUUGUCUCAGCACCCCACUACCGGAUUCAGUCUAUGAGGCGGGAAAGACGCCGCCGCCUUUCAUGAAGAGGGCCUUCUCCACCGAGAAAUGAACUGGACACUUCAAAUCUAGCCUCCUCUAAAUCUGCUAAUUCAGAUAUGCUCUUGUAUGUUUACAGCAGAAAGUGCUGAUCUAUAAUAGCCUCAAGUCUUUCAUAUUAGUCUGCUGUACUUAAUUUGAAUAGUAGGUGAAACCAAAGCCACUAGGGGUCAGUCACCAUCAGCUCACCUGCAGACCUCUGCUUCACUGUCAAAGAAAUGGGAAAAUCUUUAUAAAUGCACUAAACAGUUUCCAGAGAACCUCCAGAGUUUUAUCCAGUCUACAUUAUGGAAGCCCAUUUCCGCCACUGAAUAAAAAAUAAAAGAAGGUUGUUGCUUA